CGCGACCAUCCUCUCUCCUGCUCUCUCUCUCUCUCUGCCUUUAAAGUAACGAACAAAAUUCGGUCCUCUCUUUCUCAAUCGGUCGUUCUCUCUCACAGUUUAUGUAGGAAUCUUUAGUCUUUGCUUUAAAUCAGCGAUGGAGGGGAAUUUCUCAAAAGCUCUUCGAUUCUUAGAAGGGAGAAAAAGCCAAGUCCAGAGAUAAAGUAAGAUAAAGGUUUCUCCUCUGCAAAUGAUGUAAUUCUCCUCUUACACCACUGCAACAGAAGAAGCUCAUCAUCAACAACAGAAGAAGGGGUAAAAACGAAGUUUGUUUUUGUCUCUGCUUUCCCUUUCUUUUUGAAUUACACAAAAUUUCGUCGCUGCGGCAGAGAUUGAGUUUGGGGCAACUAAGGGAUGGACUCUGCUGUUCUCGAUGACAUAAUCAAUCGGCUUCUUGAAGUUCGAGGUAGACCGGGGAAGCAGGUCCAGCUCUCAGAGUCAGAGAUCCGGCAACUUUGUGUUGUAUCCAAAGACAUUUUCUUGCAGCAGCCCAAUCUAUUGGAGCUUGAGGCGCCCAUCAAGAUUUGCGGUGACGUUCACGGUCAGUAUUCUGAUCUCUUAAGGCUUUUUGAAUAUGGUGGUUUCCCUCCACAAGCAAAUUACCUAUUCUUGGGAGAUUAUGUGGAUCGCGGCAAGCAAAGCCUGGAGACCAUUUGCCUUCUCCUUGCGUAUAAAAUAAAAUAUCCUGAAAAAUUUUUCCUGUUGAGGGGCAAUCAUGAGUGUGCUUCUAUAAACCGUAUAUAUGGAUUUUAUGAUGAAUGUAAGCGAAGAUUCAAUGUUAGGCUGUGGAAAGUCUUCACAGAUUGUUUUAACUGCUUACCAGUGGCAGCUCUCAUAGACGAAAAGAUUCUCUGCAUGCAUGGAGGUCUUUCUCCUGACCUUCAUAAUUUGGAUCAAAUACGAAACCUACAGCGCCCGACAGAUGUCCCAGACACUGGUUUGCUUUGUGAUCUCCUCUGGUCGGAUCCCAGUAAAGAUAUUCAGGGUUGGGGGAUGAAUGAUAGGGGAGUCUCGUAUACCUUUGGUGCUGAUAAAGUGACAGAAUUUCUUAUGAAGCAUGAUCUUGACCUUAUUUGUCGCGCUCACCAGGUUGUGGAGGAUGGAUAUGAGUUUUUUGCUAACAGGCAACUUGUAACAAUAUUUUCAGCACCUAAUUACUGUGGGGAGUUUGACAAUUCAGGUGCCAUGAUGAGUGUCGAUGAGACUCUGAUGUGCUCUUUCCAAAUAUUAAAGCCUGCAGAAAAGAAAGCAAAGUUCAAUUUUGGGAGCACCACUACAACUAAGCCUGGAACCCCACCAGCAGGAGUUAAGUCUUUCCUUGGUGCAAAAGUGUGAGCUGCAUUCAAGAUGGAGGAGAUGCACUGCCUUUGUAUGUCAUGUCAGUGUUGGCCAUGUGAAGGAGGAAUUCAAUUUCGUUUUAAUCUAGUUCAGAAGUGUAAAAAAAAGGAAAAGUCUUCAGCUAAAAAGAAUGCAAAGAUUUUUUUUACCCCUUUUCCCUGGUAUAAAGCUGCCUCACUCUAUGAACACUAGCUGAUGCUAUGAAUGAUUGGCGUGUGAACUAGUAUGUGUUAUUGUCUCCCCCACCCUUUGUGCAAUGUGCCCUAUACCCUUUAGAAUUCAAGCUGUUGCAGAA